AUGUACAGCGGCUUCAUCACACCCCCAGAUGACCCCCGUGCACACUUUAGUGUGCUAUUCUGGCACAAAGACGGCUUCUCCACAGCCUGUGGCCACGGGACCAUAGCUCUUGGCUUUUGGGCGAUAUGCCAUAGCCUCGUCAAGGUUUCUGCGGCCAACGAAACAGUCGAUGUCGUCGUCGACGUGCCGUCGGGUCGAGUGGUGGCACGCAUGGGAAUAGAGCAAGGGAUACCAAUACACGCCGACUUCAUCAACGUGACGAGCUUUCAGCUCGCAAAAGCCCUGUCUGUCACCGUAACUUCGUGCGGCGCGGACAUGAGCGUGGAUUUGGCCUUUGCCGGCGCCGUCUACGCCAGCGUAGACGCAGCUCAGGUCGGACUCAAGAUCGAGCCCCAUAACGCGGACCGCUUCAUUCAGCUCGCUCGAGAAGUCAAGCGCUUGCUCGCCACAAGAGCCCACUACGGCUCGUACGACUGCUACAGAGUCAUCUUCUUCAGCGACAAGGCGGAUGGGCAGGACAACAAGCAGGCCAUCACGCAGAGAAACGUUACUGUAUUUGCAGACGGACAGAUUGACCGUUCGCCCUGUGGCUCCAGGACCUGCGCUAGACUUGCCAUCCUGCUGGCUCAGGGAAAGCUGGGCUCCAGGUGCUCGAAGCUUUUGCAUCGCUCCAUUAUAGGGUCAGAAUUCAAGGCCGAUAUUGUGUCCAAGGCACACAGCCCCGUCCAAGGAUUUCCGGCUUGCAUUCCACAUGUAAGGAGUCAGGCCAACUUAGUUGGACGGAUGAAGUUUUUCAUUGACCCAGAGGAUGACCUCUUUCCUAGCUUUCUGCUGCAAUAG